UUGUUUUGAAAAAAAAAUUAUAAAAAAUAUACAAAAUAGCAAUCCACAGGACCUACUGAAUCAAAACAAACCAUAAUCAGUCUGAAAUAAUAGAGUCUUUAUUUAAGAGUAGGGAACAAAUUAUUUGAAACCCCCAUUUUGCCAUUUCACGUAUUCAAAAAUGGGUGACAAAAGGUCCUCAGCACCAGAAAGAAACUCGAACAAUGUAAAGGUUUUCCUAAGGAUCCGUCCCUUCAAUGAUCGAGAACUGAAAGAAGGGAACCGGCCAGUCUUAGUGUGCGACUACCAAGAUAAUGUUGUUAUGCUUCAAAAGCCCAUCGAGAAGUCCACAGGGAAGGACACAGAUCGGAAGUAUUUUCAAUUAGAUUAUAUUUUUGCACCUACAGCUAAUCAGAUGGAUGUAUAUCGUAUAGCAGCUGCCCCCUUAGUAGAACAAGUAUUCGAAGGCUACAAUGGCACAAUAUUUGCCUAUGGUCAAACAGGAACUGGUAAAACAUUCACCAUGACUGGCAACCAUGAAGUACCAGAGAUCAGAGGCAUCAUCCCCAACACAUUUACACAUAUUUUCACUCAAAUAGCAAAUUCUAGUGAAGACCGAUCCUUCAUAGUCAAAGUUAUGUACUUGGAAAUUUACAAUGAAGAAGUGAGAGACCUGUUGGGUGCUGAUCCUAAUAAAAGACUGCAAAUAAAAGAGAGAACUGAUAUUGGGAUUUAUGUGAAGGAUUUGACCGGGUUUACAGUUGAUUCAGUUGAGUCAAUCACUCAACUAUUAGAGAGGGGAAAUAAAAAUAGGAUCACUAGGUCUACAUUGAUGAAUAAUGUUAGCUCAAGGUCACAUGCUGUUUUUACUAUUGUGGUUGAGACAAGGCAUAGAUUGAAGAAUCAGACUACUGUGGGGAAGUUGAAUUUGGUUGAUCUUGCUGGGUCAGAAAGGUCUAACAAAACUGGAGUGUCAGGCAUAGGGCUUCGUGAGUCUGGCAGUAUAAAUCAGUCCCUCCUAACCUUAGGAAAUGUGAUUCAAGCACUUGUGGAGAAUAAGAGCUUUAUCCCAUAUAGAAAUUCAAAAUUAACCAGACUUCUCCAGGACUCACUUGGAGGCAACUCAAAAACAACCAUGAUCACUAUGGUUGGUCCAAGUGAAUCAGAUUAUGAAGAAACCUACAGUACUUUGCGUUAUGCUUAUAAAGCUAAAUACAUUAGAAACUUUGCAAAGAUCAAUGUUGAAGAGGGAGGCCUUAUCGAGAGAUUUGAAAAUGAAAUUGCUGAACUGCAGCAAAAACUGUCUUUGCUUAGUAUGGCUGCUGAUCAACCAAAACUAUCUAAAAAGAAACCCAAAACCCCAGCAGAUCAAGAAAAAGUCAAGAAGGCCCAAUAUGAGAUUGAACAAAUAGAGGCUGAAAAGCGGGAGCUCGAAGAACGUAUGGCGAUAAUCCAAAAGAAAAUCAUCUGUGGUGGUGAGAACCUCCUAGAAAAAGCCCAGCAGCAAGAAUUUUUGUUAAUGAGUUCAGGACAAGAGCUGGAAAACUUGGACAAAAGCCACCAGGCUCUGGAAGAGGCCUUCAACAAAAUGGCAGAGGAGAAAAUCGAUAUUGAGGAAAAAUACUCUUCUUUGCAGGAAGAAGACUCAGAUUUGACCAGGAAAAUCGUUAUGGUGCAGCAGAGGUUUAAGGAAGCCAAAGAGGAACAUGCCGAUAAGGAGCAUGAGUAUCAGAGGGAGAUGGAGGCGUUAAACGAUAAUAACCGCUUACUGAUGAGGGAAAUUCAAUUGUCGAUGCUCAUGAUUGAUUAUUAUAUUCCGCAAGAGUAUAAACGUUUAAUUCAGAACUAUUGCACGUUUAAUAACGACACUCAAGAAUACCAACUGCAAGGGGUGGCCUACACGGGCAACAACAUGCGCAAACGUCAGAUUGUCACCGAAGAAAACCCCCGGGUCUCAUUUGAUAUGAAACAGGUGUACCAUAAAUAUCCUGAGAAAAAACGAGUUACUAGUAAAAGGUCGCUUUUAAAAACUUAUUCCGCGGUGCCGGUACCAACAAGAUAAAAUGUUCAGUAUUUAUUGCCUCUUGAUCUAGUCAAUUUUUUGUGAUUUUUUUUAGUUAUUAUUGCAAUACAUAAAUAAUGUAUAUUAUAAAGAUAAGGUAAUUUUUUAUAUAGUCAUGCUUAUACAGGGUAUCCGGACAUUGCGCGUCAGGAUUUCGGUGGGCGAUUCUACAUGAAAAAUUAAUGCAACAAACUUCUAUACAAUUUUUUCGAAUUGAAUGUGAAAUUAGUAAAGAGCAACAAAAUAUCUUUUAAAAGAGCGCUCUUGUUGCAUCAUUGUAGAAUUAACGGUUUCCGUGAAAAACGACUUUAAACAUUUACGUACGCGUAAUGUCCGGACACCCUGUAUAUACUUUAUUUCUGGAUUAUAUAGAAUCCGAGCACAAUCUAUAUGUAAAACUUUAUUUUUUAGUUUUGUUGCUUUAUUUGUUUGAAAUACAUGUUUUUUUUGAAACUACAAAAA